AUGGCGCGUCGCAAACGCUCUGACUCGACUGCCUCAUCUGCUUCAUCUGCAUCCUCGCGUAGUUCUAACUUUUCAAUAUCAUCUGUGGCCCCUGUUCCUCCGAAGAAAUCCUCAAAGAAGGCCACGAGGCCAAAGAAAAAGCACCGUUCAUCUGAGGAUAAAGAGUCCGACUCGAUCGAUCCCCAUGAGGAAUAUCUUGCAGCUGCACGCUGUAUAGCGCGUUGCAUUGAUGUUUUCUGCAAGACCAAACAACUUAUCAGUGUAGGCCUUGCUCUGCAGCAGCAUGCUGCUGCAGAGCAUGGUGAUCUAUCGGAAGAUGAAGAUGUGCGGAUCAGUCGCGACAAGCGAUUGUCAAAGAUGUCACCUAAAAUCCAAGAUCGAUACCGGAAAAAUUUUGCUCAGUUACUUCAACUCGCUCCAAGCUUGAAGUCUCUCCUUGGCGACCCUCGCAAAACUUCGGAACUCAACAUUAUCAUCAAGAAGAUGGACGCGGUUAUUUCUGCGACUCGCUCUGACGACACCGCCCGUCUGAAGAGUCAGAUCGGUCAUUACGCAGCUUUCAACACGAAGGAUCACCCCAUACGUCCGGCCAUAUACGAUGGCAGUGGUUCGCGUACCCAUAUGGGUUUUAAUCACCCUGUUCUUGCACGCUUCCUCUGUCCAGUCAGGGAUCUCAAGACUUUUUCAGAUGACGCGGACAUGGCACUUAAAGACAUCCAGUGUGGCAAGAUCAAGGUAACUGCACACGCGCUUCCUGCUUUUCUAUGGGCCGGAGAUCCACCGGGCUCAGACUACAACGACGAUAACAUGUUUGAAGGCAUGUUUGAAGGUUAUUUAUUGGAGCGGACUAUGCGGCACAUAUAUACAAGUCCAUCGAGUGCAUACGGAGGGGAGACACGUGCUACACGCACCUGCAACGCGUCUUUACACAACAUGACGACCGUUGAAGCUGCACAUAUAGCUUACGGCUGUUUACAGGUUGAAUUUGGUAUAAGCGCCAAGAACUCUUGGGCCGAAAUUGACGGUGCCUUCAAUUAUCGCGAAUUCUACAACAAUAUUCUGGACCUUAUCGACGAUUCACCCGAUCCCGAAUGGAAAGAAGAACUUCUCAAGGCUUGGAAUGUGAAAUUAUUUAAGAAUGAGGAGGGCCGUGAUGGCAACAAUACUGAAGAGCAUGAGAAAACAACCUCCUCGUGCGAAGGCAGGGAUAAUGCCUUGGCAAGAGUCUGCGCUCAGAUGGCAGCGCGGCGUGCAGCCAAGGCAAACCCCACACCUGCUCCCUCUACUUGCAAGCCAAGUUCCCCUCCACCUGACCGCGAGCCAAGUCCCCCUCCACCUGACUGCGAGCCAAGUCCUGCUCCUUCUAUGCGCGAGCCAACUGUACCUCCUGUGCGCGAGCCAACUGUACCUCCCACCGCUCCCAAGCCAAAGCCAAAGCCUACAGCGCGUGCAAAGCCUAUUGUCCCUAUUGAUGCACGUGACGAAUCGGAUGUCCCAAGCGAUCUCUCAGAACCUGAAGAUUCUGAGCCUGGCCAGACCAUGAUCAAACACAAGACCAAGAAGGGUAGUUGCAAGACUCAUGUAUUGCAUUAA